GACAGCCGGUGCAGAUCAUUUCCGGUUUAUAUCUGACGUGUUGUCAAACCAAUGGAGAGUGGGAAAGAUAGACUUCAAACGUCAGAUUUGAGGUCAUAUCAAAGGAAACGCCGACUGUUAACGUGUCUGCAAAGGCUUAGCAAAUUGAUGAUGACUAUUUCUGUUAUUCUCUUCAUAAUAAUUUAUUUCCAGUCAGGAAAUGGCUUUCAUCAGAAGCAGAUUACUCAGACAGCUAAUUUGCCACAGAAAUUUUUCCCAUCUCAUAGCCGAGUUGCAGAUUACCCAUUUGGAAAUCUUCAACCUGUUGUCAAGCUUCUAGGUGAUGAAGAGUUGAUCUUUGUCAUGUACUAUGCACCCUGGUGUGCUCAGUCUGUUCGAGUAAGAGGAGAAUUCAUCAGAGCUGCGAAAGUUCUAUAUAGCACUGUGAAGUUUGUAGCUAUCAAUUGCUGGUAUGUUGAAGGAGAAUGUAGACAGAGGAUGAAGUUUUAUUCCUACCCUGAGCUCUUUAUUUACCAUACUGGUGUUACAGAUGGUUACAGAUUUACAGAUGUGUAUCAACCUGUAAGAUUUGGAGUUGUAACUUCACUGCAACUAGCAAACAGUCUGGACAUGUCAUUACCAAACCAGUUCGUACUUACAAGAAUUGGAAACUCUUCACUGAUAUAUCCCGUGUUUUACAAUUUAACCUCAAAGAAUAUGACUGCAUGGAUUCUGUAUUACAAACAAAAGAAUGUAGCACCUUGGCUUGUGCCUCCAGGAGUAAAAAGUUUAACUUUAUCGUUACACAUACAGAAGGGUCCAGCAGUGUUUGUGUUUGCCCCGACCAAUCCUCUCCUCUCAUUUAACCGAUAUCGUGAUAUGAUAAAUAUUGCCAGCUAUGCAUUUAGGAGUUGUGGUAAUUAUAGCAAAUAUUACCAGGAUAUUAUACAGACUUAUAUACAGAGUACAAUACCACAGAAACAUGAAGCUACAGCUUACCAUAAAAAGUGCCUUGAGAAGAAAUCCAGUGUUCAUCAGAGUAAUUUAUCUACAAGUAACAGGAAGUGUUGUGUUUCUUUAAAGACUGGUUCCCAAAAACCCAGCCUACACACUGUAUGUGAAUAUUGUGUUCAGAAAGAUAUUUUGAACAGUGACACAGUCUGUGAUAUAGGAUUUAAACCAGAGGGAAUAUCAUUUUGGUCUCAUUCGUUGGAGAACUCAUGCUCUGAUUUGUAUCAAUAUUAUAAUAUAAAUGAGCACCAUUCCGUGUGUUGUAAAAGAGGCAUGACUGAGUUGCCUAAUUUACAUAUCAAAAAAAUGUCUGGUAAAGAGCGACGAAUAACUGACACUUUUAUUCAAAAUGGUGAAAGCAUUUUCUGUCAACAGCAUUUAAAUAAAUUAACUUUACAAAAGACUAAAUUUUUACCAACCCUAGAAGAAACUUCAAAAGUGUUAACAUUGUUAAGUGAUGUUCGAAAUGGAAAUGUAACAGGUUUAGGGUGUAGGACUAAUAAAACCAUAAAUUUCUUUUAUAUAGAUAGUUUAUAUCAUUCUGUGUUUUUGAAACACUUAAAUAUACCAAACACACCAAAGAUACCGUCUGUGAUACUUGUAGAUUUAAAUGAUGAAAAUGUCUUCCUUCUCAGGGAUAAAUUGAAUUAUAGAAACCUUGCCCAUUUUGUGAAGAAUUAUACAGAAGGUGUUCUAAAUCCAUAUAGGAAGUCAACAGAAGUAAUGCCUUCAGAUGAAUGCAGUAAGAAAGAUAGUGUGUGUAUAACUGAAGUUACUGCCAGUACAUUCCUGGAAGUUGUUAUGGAAGAAAAUAAGGAUGUGUUGUUAAUGUUUUACAGUCAUAUAUGUGGAUUUUGUUCACAAUUGUCAAAAGUGUUCCUUACAACUGCUCAAUAUUUUAAAGGUGCCAAAGAUUUGGUGUUUUCCAGAAUAAAUGGUGAUACAAAUGAUCUACCUUGGGAAUAUACAGUAGAUAGAUUUCCAACUUUGAUCUUUUUCCCAGCAUACAGGAAAUCUGACAGUAUAAAAUAUCCAGAUGAUGUGGAAAAAACUGUUCCAAAUCUUGUGAAAUUCCUUCUCUAUCAUGCAAACAUUAGUCUUCAGAUAGACGCAGCAGUGAACACUUGUUCAGAACAGUGUGUGAAGAAAAAUAUUGAACUUGUUUUAAAGAAAAUCUCAGAGUUAGAGGAAAGUGUUGGACGGUUAGAUAGAACAGCCAAAACUUUGUGGUCACAAAAAGUUGACAGUGAACAGGAAAGAAAAUAUAUUAAAGUUGCAUAUGAAGCAAUGAGAAAAUCCAUUGACAUUAAAAACUUUAAGUUACGCAAAGCUCAAAUGUUAAAUCAUUUCUUACAAAAGGAAUUGAAGAGAUUAGAUAAAGAUAUGUUUCUAGAAUUUAUGGCAAAAAAUGUGGGUUUGUAGUGGUGUAGGUAUUUUUGGUAUUUUUUCUACCUUUUAUUCCUACCCUGCUAUUUUGUAUAUACCCAACUUUUAAUUUGAAAUUGUCAAUUGUAAAUGAAAAAGUUUCUCCAACAAAGUGCUAACAUUGAGCAUUCAACAUUAUAGUCUAGUCAGAGUGGACAUAUAUACAGGCCAGCCUGAUUCUAUACUGGUAGCAUGGGCAAGUCAGGCUGCACGUAUGUAUACAUAGGCAACUUGUGUAGAAAGGAUAAUCAGACUUUAUGUGUAGGGUAGCCUGAUUCUGUACUGGUAACAUAUGCAUGUCAGACUACACAAUAUAUACAGGCUAGCCUGAUUCUAUACUGGUAGCAUAUGCAUGUCAGACUACACAAUAUAUAGGCUAGCCUGAUUCUGUACUGGUAACAUAUGCAUGUCAGACUACACAAUAUAUACAGGCUAGCCUGAUUCUAUACUGGUAGCAUAGGCUAGUCAUUAUUACUACUGGUACCCAAAGAAUUAAUACAGUAAAUUGUUUUAAUGUUUGUGUUAGGCAAUCUUUAAAUGCUUAAUUUAUGUUUAAGGUUGUUAAUGGCCAAUAUCAUUUACUUUUACACAGUAGGAAAUGGCGGAAUACAAUAUGCAUAGUCAUAGUAUUUUAAACUUGUCAACAUUUUGUCAUAAACUGUUACAAAAUUGACCAGAUGCAUACAUAUGUGUAAAAGUAGGUUUGUGAAAUACUUUGCUUUAAUCAAAUCAACACAUCACAUCUUUUAAAAACAUUAUUUCACAUGACACAUUGAAGUCUAUAUGUAAAUUUUCCCCAUGGAGAAAUGCAGUAUUGUUUAGCUCAAAUGUUGUGUAGCUUGAAAGUGCCAUGAUUUAGCAUAUGUUCAAUAUUGCUAUACUACACAUUUAAGAUGUUGACCAUUUGUUUACCAGAUUUACUACCUCAAUUUUACCUGUGUAUUUUGACUGUAUCAGUCAACUUAUAUUGGCAUUUCACACAAAGUCCAGUUACACUUUUUAUGUAUAAAAAAGGGGUAAAUUUGUUGAUGAUGCAACAUGUUGUUUUGUGUUAUUAUUUGAUAAUUUAUGCAGAAAGUUUCUUUUUUUUUAUAAUUUUCAGUGAGUUUAUGAUUUUAUAUUUGUAAUGUUAAUGAAAGAUUGGCGGCAUUUUGUUCCUUUUACUCAAAUGUUUAUAUUAAAACAAACAAAUAUAGAUAAUAUAUUUAUAUUUUUGUGGUGGAAGUUUUUUUGUUGUUGAUUAUUUAUAUGCAAUUGUUAGUGCUAAAUAUCUGCAGGUUGCUAGUCUUCCAUACAUUGAUGCAAAUUGUGAGUGUUUCUAUUUUUAGCUCACCUGUCACAAAGUGACAGGGUGAGCUUUUGUGAUCGCUUUUCGUCCGGCGUCCGUCCGUCCGUCCGUCCGUAAACUUUUACUUUAAAUGACAUCUCCUCAUAAACCACUGAGCCAAUUUCAUCCAAACUUCACAGGAAUGUUCCUUUGGUGGUCACCUUUAAAAAUUGUUCAAAGAAUUUAAUUCCAUGCAGAACUCUGGUUGCCAUGGCAACCCGAAAAGAAAAACUUUAAAUAUCUUCUUUUAAAAAACCAUAAGAGCUAGAGCUUAGAUAUUUGGCAUGAAACAUCUUCUAGUGAGUGUCUACCAAGUUUGUUCAAAUAAAAGCCCUGGGGUCAAAAUUGGCCCCGCCCCGGGGGUCAUUGAUUUUCCCUAUAUGCAUAUAGUAAAAACUUAAAAUAUCUUCUUUUAAAGAACUUUAAAGAGCUAUGGCUAAGAUAUUGAGCAUCAAACAUGUUCUAAUAGGUGUCUACCAAGUUUGUUUAAAUAAAAGCCCUGGGGUCAAAAUUGGCCCCGCCCCAGGGGUCAUUGAUUUUCCCUAUAUGCAUAUAGUAAAAACUUAAAAAAUCUUCUUUUAAAGAACCAAAAGAGUUAGAGCUAAGAUAUUUAGCAUGAAACAUGUUCUAAUAAGUGUCUACCAAGUUUGUUCAAAUAAAAGCCCUGGGGUCAAAAUUGGCCCCGCCCCGGGGGGGGGUCAUUGAUUUUCCCUAUAUGCAUAUAGUAAAAACUUAAAAAAUCUUCUUUUAAAGAACCAAAAGAGUUAGAGCUAAGAUAUUUAGAAUGAAACAUGUUCUAAUAAGUGUCUACCAAGUUUGUUCAAAUAAAAGCCCUGGGGUCAAAAUUGGCCCCGCCCCGGGGGGGGUCAUUGAUUCUCCCUAUAUGCAUAUAGUAAAAACUUAAAAAAUCUUCUUUUAAAGAACCCAAAGAGCUAGAGCUAAGAUAUUUAGCAUGAAAUAUGUUCUAAUGGUUGUCUACCAAGUUUGUUCAAAUAAAAGCCCUGGGGUCAAAAUUGGCCCCGCCCCGGGGGGUCAUUGAUUUUCCCUAUAUGCAUAUAGUAAAAACUUUAAAAAUCUUCUUUUAAAGAACUCAAAGAGCUAUGGCUAAGAUAUUGAGCAUCAAACAUGUUCUAAUAGUUGUCUACCAAGUUUGUUCAAAUAAAAGCCCUGGGGUCAAAAUUGGCCCCGCCCCAGGGGGUCAUUGAUUUUCCCUAUAUGCAUAUAGUAAAAACUUAAAAAAUCUUCUUUUAAAGAACCAAAAGAGUUAGAGCUAAGAUAUUUAGCAUGAAACAUGUUCUAAUAAGUGUCAA